CUUUGCAGUCGCAGUUUUGCAGCCUCUCGUGCCUCGUUGCAGCGAAUAAGUGCAAAAGCCUUGCGCCAAGACGCACAGCAAGCGCCCAGCGUGCACAACAAACUGUCCGACGCCAAUCAUCUUCGCGCCCGCAAGUGAGCCUUUCCCAGUGGCCGCGGGCGCUCCCAUUUCACGCGUCGCAGAGCAACCGGUGCCUGUGGUGGGACUCGGCCGGGACCGCACCGUCGCCUCGCGGCGACCGCGCGACUGGCCCACACGCGCAGGUAUGCGGCGCCGCGGCGGAAACAGCGGCGGCAACAUGGGCGGGGACAUGAGCACCGACUGGAGCGCGGAACAAUGGGCGGAAGGUACCAAUGGUAAAAGCAAAGCUUCGGAACCGAAGCCGGCGCCGGCGACGGGCGUGCGGAAGUGGGGCCCCGUCGACAUCCUGAGCGCGCCCGACAACCGCGCCGUCGCGCGGAAGCUGGUGCUCUACGUCGUGGGCGUGGCGCUGGCGCCGCCCGGGGCGUUCGUCGCCGUGAAGCGGCUGCUGCCGCCCUCGAGGCACCGCGACGCCUGCGCCGCGAUCUGCGCCGUCGUCGUGCUGAACCUGCUGAUGGCGGCCUACGUGGUCUCGGCCUUCCGCGAGCCCGACCCCGAGGGGGACGAGAAGCCGGCGCCGCGCGUCGGCGUCUGGAAGGAGCGCCGGGAAGAAUAAUUGUCACUGUG